ACUGCCUCGUUUUAGUAGCUAACUGGGGAAAUACAUCGUUUGCCAGCAGUACAGUAAUACAAGUUUGUACUCAUUUACUCUGACGUUUUAAUUGCCAUGCUCAGUCGAACCACAGACCUAUUUAGACGUUUGUGGUCGAACUGAGUAUAAAACUUGCGGUUGUCGGUCAAUUCAAGAAAGAAGUUCGUCCAGGAGGAUUUUCAGUCAUUUUCAUAUCACAUCGUACGACAGCUCAGUUCCACGCACUUGUACAGGUCAUAGAUGUGUAUAUUUAUUAAUUUCUGCACAGUUCCACGAAAUGCGAUGCGACUCUAUGCCGGAAGUGAGUUCUGACAAGCGAUUGGUUAGAAUGUUGUGACGUAGUCCGUGUUGUGUUUGUGUUCACAUCAUAGGGACGAUGUGUCCUGUAUGCUUGUCAGCUGCCUGUAAACUUUCAGGAAGUAGUUGGGAAUCACCGAUAAAACUGUAGAUUUUCGAAUCCAUCUCUUGGAAACUUUUUUUACAUUUAAAAAUGGUUGUAGGAAAAGAAUUGUCUAUGGAUUCUUUUAUUCGCCACAUGCCUCAUUCUGCCUACACGAAACUAGCGACGAUGCUGGACCCAGGAAAUUUGUGGGAAAGGUUCGCGGAGAAGAUUCCAAAGAAAUUGGAGAUGACAGGACAAAGCGACGCAGAACCUAGAUACACCUAUCAACAGAUUGAAAUAAUAGCACAUCAAAGCCGACAAAGCCAGAGGGGUAGUGCAACACGAAGAGUACUUCAAGACUGGGGGACACAGAAUGCCCGCAUUCAUCACUUGAUCGCCAUUCUAACUGCAGCUGAUUUGCUUGCUGCCGCUGACUAUCUUCACAACGACCUUCUACAUAUUGGUCCAGCACCACGAAAUGCUGACCAUAACUGUGGAAGCAUCAGUGGAGACAUCAGCAGUGAACAGUCACCAGGGGAUGGUAAUGCAGGCCUUGGGGCAAAAGAACAGCCUGCAGAAGGAACAGAUUGUUGUAAACCCACAAGCAAAGAUAAUUUAUCUUCACAGCUGGAUUCAUGUAGUGACUGUUCCCAUAUUUUAUCCUGGAUCUCUGGUCAGGUUUCAGAAGAUGCACAGAGUGGCAGUCCAGCAUCACUUCUGCAUACUCAAUGUGCACAAAGCCAGGAAAGUGACUUGAUAUCUUUGAUAGAUCUGAAUGGUAUUGAGAUCCAGAAUAUACCAUACUCAAUGUUGUGUCAUAUUACAAACAACUUCAAUGAGCAACCUCUUGAAAAAGGAGGUAAUUUAAUCGGAUCAGGAGGCUUUGGGUUGGUCUACGUAGGACAGUUUCACAAUAGUUUCAAGGUUGCAGUCAAAUGCCUGAAGCAGAAUGGCCAGGUGAAGAUGGAGGAUCUAGUUAAACAGAUUGAGACUGAAGUGAAGACAUUGUCCAAAUACCGUCAUGAAAAUGUUGUUCAUCUUUUGGGCUAUAGUGUGGAUGGUGUGUCACCAUGUCUUGUGUACCAAUACCUUUCAAAUGGGUCUUUAGAAGAUCGGCUUGCCUGUUUAAAUGGGACUCCUCCUCUCUCAGCAAGCUUGAGACUAAGCAUUUUAAAGGGAACAGCCAGUGGCAUUGUUUAUCUCAACAGUCAGAAGCAUGUUCAUCGGGACAUUAAGAGUGCCAACAUUCUUCUUGAUUCUCAGUUUACAGCCAAGGUGGGAGAUUUUGCCACAGUAUGUGCAGCACCAUCAGGAGCCAGCCAGACAGUCAAACAAGUCAGUGUUGUUAUAGGAACGCCUGUUUACUUGGCUCCGGAGGCCAUUCGCUUUGAUGUGUCUACCAAACUUGACUCGUACAGCUUUGGAGUUGUUAUUUUAGAGGUUAUCACAGGACUUCCAGCACAAGACAACAUGAGAGAGGAGAAAGACAUCACAACCCAUAUCUUGGAGAAUUGUGAAAAACCAUCACAGAUACAUGACUUUCUUGACACAUCGGCUGGCAUGUGGAAAUCAGAGACUGUUGAAGGACUGUUUGAUAUUGCAUGUAGAUGUUUGCAAACCCGAAAGAAAGUGAGGCCAAAUGUAAUUGACAUCAAGCCUGAGUUGGAUACAUUGAUUACCUAGAGGUUUUGUUUAGGAAUCCAAUAUCGGAUUCCUUCUUCAACGUGAGAUAAACUUAACUUGACAUUUCUACAUCAGUUUUCAAUCUUUAUUGUCUGUCUAAGGCUCAGGCCAGAAAAAAAAAUUGCCUUUGGCUCACACAAGAACAAUUACAAACAACUCAUCAUGUGUUGAUUACACAUUCACACAUAUGCACAUGCACCCUUCCUAAAUAAAAUAAUGCUAAGAAAAUACAAUUUAAUACAAUCUCAUCCUAUUAGUCCUUGUACUUCUUACUGGGAUGGUGACAAAUGUUGGCAUGAAGGACCUCAGGUAUACAUUUCUUUGCUCAAGUGGCACUUUGUAGCACCUGCUGGGAGGUAGUAGCUGAGAGUUGGGAUGGAGAGUCUGUACUAUUUGUAUAUGUCAUCUUUCCGAUUACAUGGAUAUACAAAUCAGAAGGUAGUAUUUGUGUUAUGCCAAUUAUCUUGCCUGCCUGGUUGAUGACUGUGACCAGCCUUCUUAUUUUUGACGAGGAGGUGGCCAUACCAAGCUGUGAUGUUAGAAGGAAAAAAGCUUUCAGCAAGAGACCUAUACACUGCCUCCAGCACUUUAGAGCAAAGCCAUGGACUUUCCUCAAAAGAUGCAGUCUCUGCUUGGCUGUUUUGUACAUAACGUUUGUGUCAUAGGAGAGCCUGUCAUCUAUGACCAUACCAAAGGACUUCAGACUGUUAGUACUCUGCAACUGCUGUCCCCUGAUUUCAAGUGAAAGGGAGAGAAAGAUAGUGCCAUCUCUUCCAUCAUGCUUUUUAACAAAGGACAUCUCUUCUUUUUUUCCAACAUUCAGCUCCAGAAAGCUGCAAUCAAACCAGCCCCACACAGGCAGAUUACUGUGAUGGGGACUGUUCAUCUCUGAGGCAGCCCAUUAGGUCCAUGUCAUCUGCAUGUUUCACAAGUUUUAGAGUAGUGUUAUUAGUAAGCUCAUUAAUGUACACAGAGAAUAGGAUGAGAGAAAACACACACCCUUGAGAUGUCCCCAUGUUGAGGAUCUGUCUGACAAUCAUUCCAUUCAUUUAAAACGCUGCCCUGCCAGAUGAACCAAACUCACCAGUGCUAGACAAGACAAUCCUUACUGCAACAGAAGAUUGCAAGAGACUGUGGUUCACAUAUUUUUUUGUUUGUUGUUUAAAGUAUUUAUAUUUUUAAGCUUUUAUAUAUAUAUAUCUGUACCCACAUUUAGAAAUACUGGAAUUCUUUCAUGUUGUUACUGUUGGUUUUUAUUGCAGAUUUAUCCCUCUAGAAGAAAGAAUUUAUAUCACCAAAAUACAUUGGUACCUUGGCAC